AUGCCCUACCCGAAGUGGCUCGAAAUGAGAACACAAAAAUCGAAAGAUUUCGUAACAUUAGAAGACGCAGAAAAGGACAGAGACCAUCUUCUACCCCAUCAUAACGAGCGAAAUGAUUCUGGUAGUGAUUUGAACUCUCGACAAAAUCAAAAUGGCUCUCUGUUUACCAGAGUUGUCAUCAACCUUCUCGUGGUGCUAAUUGCAUUAGCGGUCAUGAUCAUUCUCCUCCUUUUGCAAAUUUUCAUGCAAGAUUCAAAGUGCUACGGCAAAUUUGAAAAUGGCUUUGACACGGACCUUGUUGCCGCAAAAAGUCAAAUAGAACUAGAGAAAGUCAUGUUCACUGGUGGUAUUCACUUUAACCCCGAUGGAAGUGUGUAUAUAAAGGACAUACCCGGGCCGAAGUAUGUUGGUCCUCCAUCACCAGAGAUUGACAAGGCAUGGGAUGAACUAUUAUAUGGCCAAAUUGUGAAUCUACCCGAAUCACAAGUACCCGAUGUCAAAGAUAGGACGUUUUUCCGCCCUGAGUAUCAGGCCUAUGAAACCGGGUUGGAUGCUGUUCACCAGCUGCAUUGCAUAAACCAAAUACGCAAGGCUUAUGCACCAGAAUACUAUGGUGCCUUAGACAAGUCUCCACACGGGACAAAGAUUCACAUAGGUUCGUCUUCAUCUAUUGACAUAUUCUGUGCAUCCAUUGGAGGCGAUCGACUUUACACCGAGCUGACAUUUGGCAUUCAAAAAGACCACUGUUUGGAUUAUCUUCGACAGAGCAUUCAGUGUAGUGCAGAUAUGACGCCUGUUGUCUUAUACUAUGAGCCGGCAAUCAACAUGUCUCUCCUGCGAAUGCAAGUCCGCGAGACCAAGGCUCUGAUCAAGAUGGACACGGAAGUCAUGGACAUGGAGGUCAUAUCUAGAAAUUUCUUUCUGAGUAGGAGACUUGAUUAUGGGAAAUCGUGA